AUGUCGCGUAGGCGGAGAGACGAGGGAGAGGACUACGGCAACGAAGGGGAGGAAGAGGAGGAGGAGUACGGUGGUCGUAGGGGUGGCGGCGGCGGCGGAUCGCGUCGGGGCUUCGCGGCGAUGCCCAAGGAGAAGGUGCGUGCGAUCGCGGCCAAGGGCGGCCGCGAGUCGGGCAGGCGCCGACGAGAGGAAAGCGAAGAGGAGGAAGAAGGCCGAGGCCGCGAAGAAGAAGAAGAAGGCGAAGAAGAGGAAGAGCGCGGCUAUGGCGGCUACGGCAGAGGCGGCGGUCGCCGCGGCUUCGCGGCGAUGCCCAAGGAGAGGGUGCGUGCGAUUGCGGCCAAGGGCGGCCGUGCGUCGGGCAGGCGCCGAAGCGAGGAGAGCGAAGAAGAAGAGGGAGGAGAGGAGGAAUACGGCGGCUACGGCCACGGUGGCACAGGCGGCGGCCGUCGCGGCUUUGCGGCGAUGCCCCGGGAGAAGGUGCGCGCCAUCGCGGCCAAGGGCGGCCGCGCCUCGGGCAAGCGUCGGCGCGAGGAGAGCGAGGAGGAGGAAGGCGGCAGGAGGAGAACCCGAGGACGUAGGGAAGAGGAGGAGGAAGAAGAAGGCGAAGGCUACGGCGAAGAGGAAGAGGGCGGCUACGGCCGACGCGGCCGUGUGCGUGACACCUACGCCACCGGCCCUUCGCAGACCGUGAGGCGGAUGUACGAGCGGGGCGAGAGAAAGCAGCAGCACUCGCUGAGAGAGGAGGACCAGGGCGUCGGGUACCUGGAGUCGCUCGAGGACCGCAUGGGCUACUUCGGCAAGGGAGCGCGCAAGGGCUUCGCCGCGAUGCCGAGGGAGAGGGUCAGAGAGAUCGCGGCCAAGGGCGGCCGUCACUCGCACGGCUUCAAGCGCAAGGCCAGGUACGCUGAGGGGGGCAUGGAGGAGGUGCCCGCGGGCGAGGAGCAGCGGGGCGGGUACUACCGGGUCGGCUUCGCGGCGAUGCCCAGGGAGCGCGUGCGCGAGAUCGCCCGGAAGGGCGGGCGCCACUCGCACGGCUACGGCGAGGAGGAAGGCGGGGACGAGUACCAGCUGGGCGAGGAGGACCGCGAGCACUACCCCAUGCUCACGUCCUCGGGCGCUCGGAGCAGGCGAGCCGGCCAUGCUUACUGA